CAGAGACAGAAGUGCGUCCGCAGCUCUCCUCCAUCCCGAAGUUUCUCACUGCCUUUGCUUGGGAAUUUUAUCAAGGAGACAAACGGGAGCGGGAAUAUCCUGUAGAGGAGCAUUGCUUUUAGAAAGCCAGACGUUUCAGUCCUGCGUCCUUUGCAUUAAUACAGCAUCCAUCAGUGUUGGGAAAUAUGCGCCUGUUCACACGAAUCCACAUCGAAUAAACGCUUCCUACGGAAACCUGGGGUUUAGUUCUCCUCCAGAGCGGAAUAGAGAAUUUUUCCGUCUGCAAAUAAGGCUUUGGAUUAUUUAAACUGGGAGAGAAAAAAAAUAAUCAUGGUCCGUCAAACGCUGGAUACAAUUUGGGAUUUUUAAGGUCAUAGAGCGUUUAGAGCAGCAUCGGUAUUUUAAGAGGACUAAGCAGAAUCCAGUCAUUUGGAGGGAACAUAUGACAGCACGAACGGCUCCCUUUUACGCACGCGGGCUCCUUAGCAGAAACAGAAACAUGUAUCUGUAUAUCGGCUUUCUGCUCUUUUUAGAUGAGCUUGUGUUCUCCAUGUCGGGCUCUUCCUCUCUUUCCGAGUCUGGCAACCAAGACUCGAUGGAUUGUUUAAAAGCCACAGAGAAGUGUAACCAGGACCAAAAAUGCAGCCAUCGCUUCAGGAUCAUGAGGCAGUGUCUGGCAGGCAAGGACAGGAACACCAUGUUGGCCAACAGGGAUUGUCAGGUGGCUCUGGAAGUGUUGCAGGAGAUGGCUUUGUUCGACUGCCGCUGCAAAAGAGGAAUGAAGAAGGAAAUGCAGUGUCUGCAGAGUUACUGGAGCAUCAACAUCGGCCUGACCGAAGGUGAAGACUUUUAUGAGCCAUCUCCUUAUGAGCCCAUGACGCCUCACCGACAUUCAGAUGCAUUUCGCCUGGCGUCAAUCAUCUCAGGCAUGCAUUCAGGCACCAGUAAAGGCCAGCCGCACUGCACUGACCCCAGCCGCCCUUGCAACCCUUGUCUGGAUGCCACCAAAGCCUGCAACCUGAAUGAAAACUGCAAGCGGCAGCGCUCCAACUACAUCUCCACCUGCACACGUGCGCAGACACAAGGCCAGCAGCCCUCGCAGUCGCAGACGCAAGAAGGCUGCAACCGAAAGCGCUGCCAUAAAGCCCUGCGGCAGUUCUUCGAGCGAGUCGACACACAGUACAGUUACGGCCUGCUCUUCUGUGCCUGCAAAGACCAGGCCUGUGCUGAGAGGAGGAGGCAGACCAUCGUUCCCUCCUGCUCCUACCAGGACAAGAACAAGCCAAACUGUCUGCAACUGCGCAACACCUGCCGCCUUGAUGUGCACUGCAGGUCACGACUGGCUGAUUUCCACACAAACUGUCAGAUGACCCCUCACUCCAUCAGCAGCUGCCUCAACGACGACUACCAAGCAUGCCUCGCGUCCUACACCAGACUUAUCGGUACAGAUAUGACUCCAAACUACUUGGACUCCGGUCAUUCAAACUUCACCAUCUCUCCCUGGUGUACCUGCAAAGGCAGCGGAAAUCUGGAGGAGGAGUGUGAGAAAUUUCUGCAGGACUUCAGAGAAAACACCUGUCUCCGAAAUGCUAUUCAGGCCUUUGGCUAUGGGUCACUACCCAAGCCUGAUCCUCAGCCUACUACAGGCUCAGUCAAACCUGAUCUUGAACCCACUGCCAGUGUCCCAAAAACAACUAUGGAACCCAGGGAGGAUCCCUGCAUCAUCUCCCCCUGUUCAAAUUUAAAUGAACUUGAUUGCUAUCCUUCAAAAGACUACAACUGCGAAAGUGCGGAGAUGAAACUUUCUAAGCCAGAGUCCCCACUAAACACAAGAGUAGAGGACCCCAGAAAUACAAGCCCAGGUGUAAAAGCCCUAACCGAAGCAAUGAUGCAAAGCCUGCUGUUUGCUCUCAUAACCCUCGCUAUGUAGAACUCACUUGAGCUUCAGAAGCCAGAACAGUGAGGACGAAACCCCCACAUGAUCAUCUUCAGACCAAACGUACGCCUCUCUACUCUACUGCAGCUUUCCUUCUUUCGAAUAAACACCAAACAGAAAGACACAUAUCGAAAAACAAAACUGCUGCAUCUGAACAAAAAGUUGCACACCGAAUGAGCGGAACGGCAAAGAAACAUACUUGUGUACUUAGCCACUGGAUUCCGAAGUCGAAGGAGUCUGAUUGGUGGAACUGCAACUAAAGAGGUGCAUACAGAGCCACUUCCUGCCACCCACACCGCCCAUAAAAGGGCAUCUCGCAGCACCCAUCAGGCCUGAAUUACCCAUUGUCUGCCACUGGAUUACACCAUCUCUGAGAGGCUUUCUCCAUCCAAUCCGGCCCACUGCCCAUUUAUUGGAUUUGCCGCACUCUUCUUUGACAGCUGCUUUGGCUUUAUCAUUGUGAUUAUUCCUUUUUGGUUUCCAUCUCUUUUUUUCCCUUCCUUCUUUUGUCCACCAGUCGAAAAAGGAGUAAUUACUUUCCUGUGGUUCUUUUAAACGUGAAGUGUUUGAAGCUUAAAUCUGUACCCUGUUGGCACGGCGCGAGGUGGACGUGAUGGGUGACAGCUCUCUUAGUCACAUUCUGUACUUAAUUUGACAGAUUUGAACAAGAAAAGAGCGUUGGCAUGAUGUUGAAGUGGAUCAACAGAAGUACUCGAUCUUGCGGGUGGGAUCACCGUGUCUGUGAGCUGACCACUCGUGUAUAAUUUUGUCUGUGAAUAUGAUUUUUUCUUUUUCAGAAGUACAGCUGUUAAUUAUUAUGUGUUGUCUGUAAGUGAAUAAUGGAAGGUGAGACUCUAAAGGAAAGUGUAAAUGAGCAAGUGGGAGUGACAAGAACUGCAUGACUGAGGAAGACCUGGAGGUGUUCAUUCCACUAACUAGGAUGAGUUCAUUCAAAUAUGAGAAUAAUCAGACAAUUUAGUCAGGCUUAGGAUGUCCUAGGUGUAUUUCUUCUUUCAGAUGAACACAAUUGAAGUUAUAUUAAAUUAUAUCCUGACUCUUCCAAGCAUUGCAAUUAAAUUAAAUAGGCUUAUGUUUUAAAGGAUCCAAAAAAGCACAUCCAGUCGUAAUUAAAGUCAUUCAUACAUUUCCAGUAGUUUAAAGUACAUGAGAAAUCAAAAUUUACAAUCUUUAUUAUGCUAGUACACAUUGUUAUUCUUUAGGUCUGUGUUUCUCAACCCUGUUCCUGGAGCCAGGGGCGGACUUAGUGAUUUGGGGGCCCUAAGCAAUACAAGGUAUGGGGCCCUAAGUAUAUUUGAUAUAAAAUAUAUAUUUAAAGGACCCUUUAUCUUUCUAAUGUAAAAAUUAAAAGCAAU